AUGGAAAAUCAAGCAAAGGUGUUGAAACCCUCACCUACAACAAGUGAAAGCAGCACUUGUUCAAUCCAUGAUCCACCUGGAUACAUCAAACCUUCUUUGCAAGACAUGCUACUGACGGACAUCACUGCUGAGGAGCUGUUGGUUGUUGCAGAAGUACUCGGAGUAAAGUACUUGUCCCCAGCAGCCACAUUUCCAGCUUCUUUCCCAGCCAAUGGAGAAAUAUAUGGACUCAACAAUCGUCUCAUGAUAAACGCCGUUUGUCGCAGACCUGCAAUAACCUCACAAGCCAUUAAUGUUAUAUUUCUCAUCGAUACUGGCUCUCCAGCCUCGUACCUGUCAGGAAAGGCCAUGGAAGCAUUGAUUGGAAACCCAGAAAGUCAUUUACCUCAGCAGUUGCAGGUCAUGGUUCAUUCAAAAGAAGUUAUUAGAUGCUAUUUGUCACCUCGAGACAAACACUUUGCAGACGUGAAUGUACUUGGAAUGGAUUUCUUGAUUGCAAACAGACUGACUUUAAAAGUGAAUUGCCGUACAUCACUUUGCACCUUGAUGAUUGAGGAAAAUGAAUAA